CAUAGAUAUUUAAUCAUCACAGUUUGGAAAAGUUGUUAAAUAAAGAUGUCGCAUCCUAAGCGGCGUGAGAAGCCCAGUAAGGAGAGUCGGUGGGACCGGAUACGCAAGCGCCACCUGCAGUCGAAUCCUUUGGGACUGAAGACGGAUGCAGUGCGUCGCCUUAUCGAGGCGGAUUACGUUGGAAGGCGACAGGAGCGGCUUCUGAUAGAAGGAGAAGAUCCGAAACAACUGAAUCCUUCUGUAAUAAUGGACAUGCGGCACAAAAUGUUUCAGAAGAUACCACACAAACUUCCCUUAGCCACCAUUGCCCAUGACCAUAGCAACUCCCUGGAGGCCACCAAAGCGCACAAUCUUGAGGUGGAACAGCGUUUUAUAGAUAAUCAGCUACAGAAGUUUCGCCAGCAGUUGUCCAGGCAGUUCCAGCGGAGCAAGUCCCACCGCGUGCCUCCCACCAAACCGGAUUUCAAGCUAAACAAUGGGCCAUUGGUGAAGAGUCUGGCACAGGCAGCGCAGCACAUAGAUAACUUUUAUAACACUCCCGUUCAGGCCUUGAGCCAGAUGUCUUUAAUGUGCUCCGAAACCAAGUCGGAGGCAACCAAGAGCCUGAUCCAGCAACUGAGAGCGGAACCAGAGAAGCAGGCGGAGGCGGACAUGGAUUGUGAAUGGACGGAGCAGGAAGCGCAGGUGGUUGAGAUUCCCGCAUUUAUAGAGGAGCAAGUGAUCUCAUUUGACGCCCUAGAGUAUCGUAACUUCACCAAGCAAGUCCAGGCGGAUGAGAGCAAGGCGAAGCUUCUGCGGUGCCGCACACCAAGUCCGCUGACUUCCACCGAGGAGUUCUUUCGCCCCAUGCGGGCGGCUGCCGAGCGCCAGAUGCUCCAUGUCCGCACUGUGCGCCACGAGGAGGAGCUGCUGCAGGAGAAUAAGCAGGAGCAGCAGCCAGAAGGCGAACCAUCCUCGCUAAAAAGAGAGUCAUCCACCUGCUCAAACACCAGCGAUGGCAUUGACUCCGUAAUAUCCGAUUUAGCCGAGGAAGCGCUAUAUGAACUCCAGUUGGAAGCAGCCGAGAAGGAGAAUGAAGAGCUUGACAAGGAGUUGCCCAUUCCGCCGAAGCUUGUGCAGUUUCAGUUGCCCCCAAAGAAGACUCCAACACCAACCACGCAUCCCAUUGGAGAUCCAGAGACCGAGCCUGAACCGGAACCGCUGCUCAUCCGUCGGAUAGACUUGCCGAAGGUAGUGGUCAAGCCCAAGGAACCCGAGCCCCAACAGCCGUCCAGCUCCAGUGAGGAUGAGUCGGAUGUGGCACCCACCCACGAGAAGCAUAAGAUCAUCGAGAAGCUGUUUCAGGCCAGGGCUAACACCCAGUUGGUAGUGAUGCGCAAGUACUUUCUCAAGUGGAUACACUUCACAACGAUGGAAAAAAUCGAGAGAGAGCAGGGACAAUCGUGUCAGGCGCGAGACACGCGGGUGCAGAAGAUCAACGCCUUUCUGGACAAAGUGCGGCAGGAAAAAAGGCGCCAGCGCACAGAACCGUUGGCCGAGACUAGUAAGAUUACCCAGAAAUCUCUGGAGAAGCGCGAGGAUACCGUAAAGAUGGCCAAGCAGUUUAAGAACAAACUCAAAGUGCAGCAGGACAUCAUUGACUUACAACGAAUCAAGCUGGAGCGCCAAGAGCGCCUUAUUAUGCAGCUUAAGCUGACGAAGCUCAGCGACGAGGCCAAGGAGGCGCGCGAGGAUCUCAAGCAGGAACUCAAAACAGUCAUCCGGUGCGGCGAUCCCAAAGCGAAAGCCAAGGCGAAGUGCUUGCAGCUGAUCGGCAGCCUGCGCGAUGCGGAUGACGAGGAACUGGACCGGCUGCAGGGCAAGGCUCUGCUUCAGCCACGGUUUCUGCAGCACAUGCAGGAGCGGGCCACAGAGCGGAGUAUGCGUCAUGAGCAGGCUCGGCAGCGGAGGGUUCAGGCAGAAGCCGAAAGGGAGGCGGCCAAGCAAGCUCUAGAAGAGGCUAAGCGCCAGGAGGACGAGGAAGCCAAGCGCCUCAGAAUGGAGGUCCUUAAAGAAAAGCGUCGCCAGGAGAAAAUGGCCAAGGUGCUGAAGGAGCGCGAGCGUCAGCGCUUUAUCGAGAACCAGCGGAAGGCCGUGGAGUUCAGUCGCAAGCUUCUGAAACGGACGGGCAUGGAGGGCUUCAAACGACUGCUAGAGCGGAAACGCGAGAAUCUGGUUAAGAGCGAGGAAUUCCGUUGUCGGCUGAUCGCAAAGAACGCCUUUAGUUCGUGGCACAGCUAUACGAUAUACAGACAGCGCGAGAAGAUCAUCAAAGCGGAGACCUGUUGGCACAACAUCCUCAAGCGCCGCGCUCUGUACGCAUGGAUGGUGUAUGUGCAGAAUGAGAAGAGCAAGAUGCUAGUGGCGAUCGAUUGGCAUGCCCUGCGUUCCAUGGAGCACUGGUUUAGGCGGUGGAAUAAGUAUUCCACGCACUGCCGGAUGAUUGAGGACACCAAGACUCGGCAGGCCAUCUCGCACCAUGAGUGGCACCUGAAAUGGAAGGUUCUGGACUGCUGGCGCCGCUUGCCGCAAAUCCUAAAGAUCGAGAAGGAGACGGAGGAGCGACGCCAGCGUUGGCGCAUGAAAAUCUGGGAGCUGUUACCUGACUACAAGCCCAGAGAGGACAGCUUAUGGUAGCUACUCGAUAGACCAUUGUGCGUUUUAGUUACUUAAUUU